AUGCAGCGACGCCAGCAGCAAAAACCCACGCCGGACGCGAGAUUUAGUAAUCUCGAACCGCUUCUUCUGGUCAUACGAAAAGAGCUUGGCCUCGACUGGUGUUUCUACAAGGAGUUCCUAGAAUGCUUCCGAACAGCGAUAUUGAAGGGCGAGGACACUUCGAUUUGGGUUCACCACAUCGAGCCACUGGUACAAGAACCAGCCCUACAGUUCGCGCAUCAAGGCGUGCUUUUCCUAUUGCGUGAGAUGCUACGAAGCAAACCUCCUCCUUCCACCAACAUGGUAUCUCCAUCACCCCUUCCCAGCGGCCAACCUCCGCUGCCCGCGUCUCCCACAUCCGAUGUACAGCCCAACUUCAUAGGUGGCCACGCGCCUAUAGCUUCCCCACUGUCUGCUGUCAACACGCGACCUCCACCAUCAUCAUCACCCGCAAAUCAGCUACAACGCUAUCGUGCCCUAGAUCAAGCGCCCGCGGUGUCGCUGUGCUUCGACCGCCGCGGACCGCCUGCAUUCGCCCCUACCAACAUGUCCAGGCUUCCUGCACCGCCAAUGGCGUCCUUCAGCUUUGACUAUUCCAAACCGCUCAAGCAACAGCCAGUCUCAGCCAACUUCUCACUUCCUUCCGCAGACAGCGUCGCCUUCUCGGGUGAGGAACGCCGCAUCACAGUCGAGCCUCUCAAGUCCGCGUACUCUGGUGGGUUCGUUCUCCACCAGGAUCCUGCGUUCAGGCAGGACAUCCAAGAGUUCUUCGGCCAUAAAUACCCUACGGGUAAGUCAGAGACCAAGUACUACAGUCAGAAGGAUGUGCCACCGGUUUACAAGGCUGCAGAUGACGAUCUCGCGGUCUGGAGGGCAGACGGAGGAACUGAGAACGUGGGCAACGACAGUGGUGGAGAGGGUUGUUUGGAGGACAGGAUGAAGAGUUUGGAGGAUAGGAGCCGAGAAAACUUAUUGGAGAGGUUGCGUUACAAGCUUUUCAACGAGUAA